GUGGAUACAUGCCUCAGCUGAGCGCGGGACAUGUGUGGAGCUGCUGGGAGUGGAGCGGGACUCAGGGCCGAGGAGGAGGGGAUGGAGCAGUGGAGGAGAAACAGAUGAUCAGCCGAGAGCUGAAGGAGAGAGCUGGGCGAGAGUGGAGACAGAUGAGUGUCAGACUGCGCUGGAGAAACUGUCCGUGUCUGGCUCUGAUGUUCUUGGUUCUUCUGGAGGAGUCUCCUCUGCACCCCUCUGUGAGUCUGACUGAAGCCAAGGGUCGACUGCUCCUCGCUGGGCUGCUGUGCGCUGCCAUGGGUCUCUGUGCUUUAGCUUUCCAGUUCCUGCUCCGUUAUGAACAGAAAGUAAAGCAGCAUCUCCCAUGCAAUGGUGAAGUGAUAGUGAGACAAACUGUUGAAAACCAGCAAGCCAGUGUAAAUCCACAGCAGGAUGCAGGUCAUCUUGAAUCCCAGGUCAAUGCUCUAGCAGAUGGUUUAGCGGUGUCCCUCCUCCACGAGCCCCUGCCGGACCCCAGCGAGCCACACAUACGAGGCCUUCUCGCCAGACUAGAGGCAGUAUCUCGGACUCUCCACAGGAAGAGUUAUGAGGAAGAAACUGAGGAAAAGGAGAAGUGUGCUCUUCAUGACAGAGUUAACCAUAUACGCUCUUACCUGAGGGACAGGGUGAGCGGUCUGCGCUCUCUGCUGCGGGUUCAGCGUGAGUGUGACUCGAGUGUGUGCGCGGUUCAGAGCGGGUUACAGAAGCGCUGGGCUCUGCUGGAGGAGUUACACACCCGAGUGACUCUGAGGCCUGACAGCAAACAGGAAGCACACGACCCUCAGGCUGUCCUCACAGACACUGAGAGCCUGUUCAGUGAGCUCGGUCAGUUCAAAAGCAAAGUCCAACAGUGCCGGACGCAGCUGGAAACCAAUAUAAACCUUUUACAGGCACUUCGCAGCAGUCAUCAGGGUCUGAACGAGACUUUUAGUACCACCAUCGACUCUACAUGGAGCAAAGAGCUAUUACAGUCCAACACUGAUCUGUUUUCUGAGAUCCAUGAGGAUUUCAUGUCUUUGGAACAGCAGACGUCAAAUUUUGUGAUCCACUUGAGAGGUCUGAAGGCUUCUGAGCAGGAAAAGACAAAAUUAUCUGCGAAUCAGUCACGGCCGUCUCUUCCCGCUGUCCCUGUGUACGUUGCUGCUCCGGAAGCAGCACAAUUACAUUCGGACCCAGAAAGUGAUCUGGAGUCCCCGGGAGCCUCACAGAAAAGCCACUCCAGAACGUCCCCCUUCCAUAUGCUCUGUGGGGUGAGGAAGAGGAAGUCAUCGCCGUAGUUUUGACAAAAGUCGGAGGCUUUUACAGGACAUUUUUAAUUUCUAGUAUUUUAUGUGACAGCCUGUUGAGCAGGUGCACUUUACUCACAGUUUUAAUGUAUAUUAUGAUAAAUAUAUAUAUAUAUAUAUAUAUUGGAAUCGCUGUAUAGUGUCUGUACUGUGACUUGUGAUUUUCUACAUGUAAAAUGUAUAAAUAAGAUCUCAUAUGCAUAAUUAAUAAAAUAAUAAUAAUAUGUUACAUUAAAUAUAGCAUUGAUGGUUUUUAUUAACAUUAAUAUUAGUAAUAUAUGUGACCCUGGACCACAAAAACAGUCUUAAGUGUCAAUUUUUCAAAUUUAUACAUCAUAUGAAAGCUGAAUAAAUAAGCUUCCCAUCGAUGUAUGGUUUAGGACAAAAUACAACUAUUUGAAAAUCUGGAAUCUGAGGGUGCAACAAAUAUUGAAAAAAUCACAUUUAAAGUUGUCCAAAUUAAGUUCUUAGCUAUGCAUAUUACUAAUCAAAAAUGAAGUUUUGAUAUAUUUAUGGUAAGAAAUUUACAAAAUAUCUUCAUGGAACAUGAUCUUUACUUAAUAUCCUAAUGAUUUUUGGCAUAAAAUAAAAAUCGAUAAUUUUGACCCAUGCAAUGUAUUGUUGGCUAUUGCUACAAAUACACCCCAGCGACUUAAGACUGGUUUUGUGGUCCAGGGUCACAUACAAUAGAAUAAUAGAACAGUUUGAUGUCGAAAAAAAACUGUAAAAACAGUAAUAUUGUGAAAUAUUUCUAUUUAAAAGAAUAUAUAUUUAAUUUAAUUAAAAUAUGGCAAAGCUGAAUUUUCAGCAUCAUUACUCCAGUCUUCAGUGUCACAUGAUCCUUCAGAGAUCAUUCUAACCUGCUGAUUUUGUGUUCAACAAACAUGAUCAUAUCAUCAUCAAAAAUAAUAAAUGAAUAAUAAAUAAUAAAAUAAAUACAUAAAACUGACAACUUCAAAAGAACAGCAUUUAUUUUCUGUUUAAACAAAAUCUUUAUAAUUAGCUAAUACAUGCCUUUACUGUAAUUUUUGAUCAAUUUAACGCAUCUGUGCUCAAUAAAAGCAUACUUUUCUCUCUCUCUCUCUCUCUCUCUCAAAAAUAAAG